UUGAGAUGGACUGGACCUGUUUUCUGCUCUUGCUGUUGAGUACACUGGUAUACUGUAGCCUCGGACAAGGUGGAGCCUCUCUGGGUGUCAGUCCUGACAGAUCUCAGUUCUUUAAAUAUGAGUCUGUCUCUCUGAGCUGUGAGGUUCAGGGGAAAUCUGCUGGAUGGAGAAUGAAGAGAAACACAUUCUCUGGGGAUCGUUCAGAUUGUGGAAGAAAAUGGGGAAAACCACAAGGGUCUUCAUGCAACGUGUCACUAAUACCAUCAUCCAGUGGAGUGUACUGGUGUGAGUCUGGGUCUGGAGAACACAGCAAUGCUGUCAACAUCACAGUACAUGCUGGAGCUGUGAUCCUGGAGAGCCCUGCCCUUCCUGUGACUGAGGGAGAUUCUGUGACUCUGCGCUGCAGAUAUCAGGGAACUCUCUCUAACCACACAGCUGAUUUCUACAAAGAUGGAUCCCUCAUCAGGACUGAGACUACAGGAGAGAUGACCAUCCCUGCAGUAUCCAAGUCAGAUGAAGGACUCUACAAGUGUACCAACUCUGAAGGAGAAUCACCAGAGAGCUGGAUGACUGUGACAGCUGUCAUUCUUCCUCCAACUGCAGUUCCAACUCCCAUUCCACCUCCAGCAGUCCCAGUGUUGUCCAUGUCUCCACCCAUUCCAUCUCCAGCAGUCCCAGUGUUGUCCAUGUCUCUACCCAGGCUGCUGUGUAGUCUACUGGUGGGGUCUCCCUACCUGCUGCUGACCAUCAUACUGCUGGUGAAAGGCUGCAGGAGCAGGACUCAAGGUGAUCGUGUUGAAGAAGAGUGAGGCUGAGAUCACCUGAUCACCAUAACAACCAUCAGAAUGGAACUCAUGGAAUUCUAAUAUAGAACUGUGAGUCACAAUGCUGUAUGUUGUUACAUUGUAGCUCCACCUGCUGGAACAAUAGUGGCAUUUGAUCAAAUGUGAUCUAUUAACUGAUACAUGUAUUAUUCUGAUUGGAAUGUGUUUUAAUAUAAUGUGUGUUGUAUUAUUCAUUCAGCAGCUGUCCUUUAACAUCAGUCAUAUACUGGUCAUAUACUGUAUAGCAUUAUGGUUGAUACAUUGUAAAUGCCUUCACUUCUCAUGUCUAUACAGAUCAACUGAUAGGUGUUGUGGUUCAGGCAUUAUUGUUACAGGUUCAGUAUAAUGUUAUACCGUUACAUGUUACAGAGAUAGAAAACAUACAGGAGAGGAGGAUUCACUUAUUAUAAUUAUUUACUUUAUUUUCCCAUUUUGGUCUCGAUAGUAAUUCAUAUUUGAGUUGAUGUUAACAGAAAACUAAAGUAGGCCUUUUGUUUUAUUGUGCUUGUUUUGUGCAAAACCAUUAUUUUUCAUUUAAUCAUCUAGGAAAGAUUUUGCUUUUGUCUUUGUAGCAUAUAGAGUUAAAUAAAUUACUUUCCUCAA